UCUCUCUCUCUCUCAAGUCUCUCAACUGUCCCUUUUCACAGAUUUACUCGUAGCCUUUUGUUAGGCUGUUUUCAUUUCACUGGCCGAACUUUCUACUUCCUUUCUUCCUUUCUCCCCAGUUAUUGUUAUUGUUAUUGUUAUUGUUUUUCCUGCUUCCAUUGCUGCGGCAAAACAUUUUGCAACGUAUUUCUGCCUAGCUAAAACACUCGGAAACGUUUCUUGGUUUUGUUUUUGGGCUUUGGUUUUGUUUCUCUGGCUUCAUCACCAAUCUUCAACGCCUACACCACCUUAUAGCUUCUAUGUAGAGCUCACUCCGCAGGCACCAGCACCACCAGCACUAGCAGCGGCGGCAGUCAUGGGUUGCUUGCAGUCCAAAACCGCCAAUAUUCAAUCCCCAGAUGACCCCUCGUCGCUCCCCGAUUCCGCCAAUCCCGACUCAGCUAAGGUAGAUCAGGGCGAGCAAGAUCAGCCAGUUUCGGCGUUCAAGGAGUUCGGGCUGAACGAGCUUCGCAAGGCCACCAACGGAUUCGGCUGCGAUCACAUUGUCUCCGAGAGCGGCGAGAAGGCUCCCAAUGUUGUUUACAGAGGCAGGCUCGAGAACAAUCGGUUAGUCGCCGUUAAACGCUUCUCCAAACAGUCUUGGCCUGACGCUCAGCAAUUUGUGGCGGAGGCUGCUGGGGUUGGCAAGGUUCGGCACAAGAGAUUGGUGAAUCUAAUCGGGUGUUGUGCGGAGGGUGACGAGCGGCUGUUGGUGGCUGAGUACAUGCCCAAUGAUACUCUUUCUAAGCAUCUUUUCCACUGGGAUAAGCAGCCAUUGCCAUGGGAGAUGCGUGUGAGAGUCGCAUACUAUAUUGCACAGGCACUUGAUCAUUGUAAUACGGAAAACCGGAAGAUCUAUCAUGAUUUGAAUGCGUAUAGGGUUCUAUUUGACGAGGAUGGUGACCCUCAUUUGUCCAGUUUUGGCCUUAUGAAAAAUAGCCGAGAUGGGAAAAGCUACAGCACAAACUUGGCUUAUACUCCUCCUGAAUUUUUGCGGACAGGCAGGGUCAUUCCAGAGAGUGUUAUCUACAGCUAUGGAACAGUUCUGUUGGACCUGUUGAGCGGGAAGCACAUUCCUCCAAGCCAUGCAUUAGAUUUGAUGAGGGGAAAAAAUUUAUUGUUGUUGAUGGAUUCCUCAUUGGAAGGGCAGUAUGCGAAUGAUGAUGCUACUAAAUUGGUUGAACUUGCUUCAAAAUGUCUUCAGUCUGAAGCGAGAGAUCGGCCUGAUAUUAAGUUUCUUCUUACAGCAGUAGCACCACUUCAAAAGCAGAAAGAGGUGGCAUCUCAUGUCUUAAUGGGCCUUCCUAAAAAUACAACAGUUUUGCCAACUAUGCUUUCUCCCCUUGGAAAGGCUUGUGCGAGGAUGGAUCUUACUGCUGUACAUGACAUAUUGCUUAAAACAGGUUACAAAGAUGAAGAAGGUGCAGAAAAUGAGCUUUCAUUUCAAGAGUGGACACAGCAAGUGCAAGAGAUGUUGAAUACAAAGAAAUAUGGGGACAUUGCAUUUAGGGACAAGGAUUUCAAGAAUGCAAUUGAUUAUUAUUCGAAGCUAGUAGUGAUGAUGUCUGUUCCUUCGGCUACUGUGUUUGCAAGGAGAGCCCUCUCCUACUUGAUGAAUGGGCAGGCUGAACUUGCCUUGAGGGAUGCCAUGCAGGCUCAGGUGUGCAUGCCGGAGUGGCCAACUGCAUUCUACUUGCAGGCUCUUGCCCUCUCCAAGCUCGGAAUGGAAACUGAUGCUCAAGACAUGCUUAACGAUGGUGCAGCAUUCGAAGCUAAGAGGCAAAACAGUUGGCGCAGCUGAAUUCUGAUCCAUGCCUUGCGAGAACUUUUUCUCCUCCUGGUCCCUUGCUCAGUGACAGCGCUGUAAAAAUUAUAUCUGAAUUGUAAAAGUUAAAAGUUGUAGAAGUAAAAAUGAAUUAUGGUAAUAAUUAUUUUUUGAAGGAAAUGCUACCAUAUUUCAGGAUUGAGCAGCACAUCAUGUUUUCCCAAGAAAGUGAAAUAAGUUCUUAUUAGUUCAUGUUUAUUA